AUGGCAAUUCUUUCCACCCACUGUUAAAAUAUAGCAAUCCUCUUUCUAAAUUUUUAAUAGCUUUUUUUAUUUUUUAAAAUCGUGAUUGGCAACUCGAUUGUUGUGCCAUUUGAGGAGCGCAUAGGAUGUACAAUUUACGCCUCCCAAAAUUUGUAUAUUAAAAAAUAUAAAACAAUUAAGCGAUUCUACAUUGAUCACUCAGCUGAAUUGUAAGCCAAAAAAGGAAAAAUGGCAAACCGUUUCGAAUUAAAAAAAGUUUUUUUCGUACCCCCCAGAUGUUUCUUCCUAACGUGUUUGAUCCUACUAAAUGGUGUAUUGCUCAAUAUUAGUAGCUCGUCCAGAGCGUCUCCCUCACCCGAAUUAGCAGAACAUGGUAGAUGUCCACGAAAUUUAUCGGAAGCUUCAGAGUUGGUAGAAGAAUCCAACGCACAAAUCGAAUUGGAAGAAAAUCUGAGUGAGAACGAAAACGAUGACGGCACAGAUGAAGACCCUAGCAGUGGCGAACUCCCAUUCGGGUGCAAACGAUCAGACCUUAGCAAAAAAUUAAAAAAGUGGCAAUUACGCAAUUUGCUCCUUUCCGGUGGUUUUAUUUUGAUAAAAAAAAAGAAGACAUAUAUCAUAUACUACUACUAUAACCAGUAUUUAAAAAAAAAAUACUAUUUGAUGAUGAACAGGUUAGUGCGAAAAUUUACAGAGGAGGCAUUAAAAAAUGGAAUGUCAGAAGAAGAACGAAUGGCGCAUUUAAUGGAAUUCUACCCGGGACUUACAAAAGACUUGGAAGUGAUGGAAAAAAUUUUUGAAAAGAAAUUUUACACUUUUAUUCAAAAAAAAAAAAUAUGGUAUUCAGAACUUGAAGCAUUUAUUGUUCGCUUCAAAAAGUUGUGGAUGAAGGAGAUGAAAAAGUGUGAGCUCAAGUGGACUACAAUUUUGGCAAAAAAAAUAAUCCAAUCGCAAGUCAGGGCGGUGUCGGAAGCGUAG